AUGUCCAUGGAAACCCUGGGCAUACUAAUGCUGCUUCAACCUGUAGAGGACAGGGAGCAGACACCUGGGGCGCAGACACCUAGCUGGAGUCAGUCCAUACAAGGCAUUCUAGCACAUUACUCCACUACCACCAAGAAGGGCACUCGGGAAGAAGAAAACAUGCCCGAAGAACGAGGAAAUCAAGGAUUAGGUUUUGCACAAAGUGAGCAGAGAACAAGUGACUACCUGUGGUGGUCCAUCAUGAACCUGGUGUGCUGCUGUUUGCCGCUCGGGAUCGCUGCCAUCAUCUAUUCUCGCAAGACGCGAGAUGCUGUUCUGACGCAUGACAUGGAUUCAGCUGCGAGAUACUCCCACAAAACGCUAAUUUUGAAUAUCUCGGCUCUGGUUAUCGGAAUUAUUCUCAACAUCAUAGUUCUCUGCGUAUAUUUCAAGGUUAUUAAUAUCUAUUAACAUAUCGAAUCCUGACGCAAUAAAAGCUUCACCACGGGGACCGCGACCAAUAAUCUGCUG